GGGGUUUCCAGCGUCAUGGCGGUGCGGCGUCUCCGGCUCGAGCAGCCCGCUCUCCCCGCUCUGGCUCUGCCCGCUCUGCUCCAGGCUCGCUGCUGCUGACUCUGCUCUCACGCUGAACGCAGACCACGGUGGCCACGGCGGAUUAUUGUUUUCGGAGAGGAAGAUCCGAGCCCCGCUCCUCGAGUUUUCCGGAGGAAGAAGAAGAAGAAGAAGCGGGUUUUAGCAGCGGAGCGACUUUAUAGCUGCGGCCAAGGCGGGGGGGGGGACACACGCAACAUCUGCGGGACGAAGAGCUCCCGCUCCCGCUCCGGCUACAGGUUAAUCACGUACAACACUGCGCUGCAGGUUGUCCGGUGUGUACCUUGGACUUUGACAUGGCUGGACGCAGCGAGGACGAAAGUGUAAGCAACAGCAGUGGAGAAUCAAGUAAUUCUGAAGAUGAGUCCGGUUCUGGCUCUGGCUCGGCUUCGGGCUCUGGCUCCAGUUCCAGCUCAUCCAGCAGCAGCAGCAGCCAGUCAGGGAGCAGCAACUCAGGAAGUGGCUCAGAUUCUGGCAGCCAGUCAGAUUCAGAGACAGAGAAAUCCAACGAGAAGGUGGAACAACAAAACAAGUCCAACAUUGAUGGAGCUGAGUUCUGGAAGUCCAACCCCAGUAUCCUUGCAGUACAACGAUCUGCUAUGCUCAGGAAACAGCAGCAACAGCAACAGAGACGAGGCUCCUCGAACAGUGGAUCUGGCGAGAACUCAUCAAGCAGUGAUGAAUCUGAUUCAUCAAGUGGAUCCAAAAGUAGAAGAAAUUCUGGCUCCUCUGACUCCGGAUCAGAUUCUGGAUCUGAGAGUGACUCGGCAUCCGAUUCAUCAGCAGAGGACAACAGCAACGAAACGGCAUCUGACUACGAGCCUAGUCACAAGUUCAAAAGCAGAAAACCUCAGAACAAGGUAAAUUCUCGGAAUGGGAAGAAGAGUGUCACCCAGAGAAAGAAGAACCAGAAGUGUUCUUCAUCUGAGGAUGAGAACGAUAAUUAUGCGAAGGUGGCAUCUGCAGGGCCACGCCGGCAGGCCACCGUCAACGUUAGCUAUAAGGAGGAUGAGGAAUUAAAGACAGACUCAGAUGAUCUGGUGGAGGUUCUGGGGGAAGAUGUCCCGCCACCUGAGGAAGAGGAGUUUGAAACAAUCGAACGGGUCAUGGAAGGAAGGAUUGGAAGGAAACGAGCAAUAGGAAGUACAACCACUGUGUAUGCCAUUGAAGCAGAUGGAGACCCCAACAGCAACUUCAAUCCCAGCAAAGAAGCUGGUGAUGUCCAGUACCUGAUAAAGUGGAAGAACUGGGCCCACAUUCACAACACCUGGGAGACGGAGGACACGCUGAAGCUGCAGAACGUCAGGGGCAUGAAGAAACUGGACAACUUCAAGAAGAAGGAGCAGGAGAGAAAAAAAUGGUUAAAGACAGCUUCACCAGAAGAUGUGGAGUAUUUGAACUGUCAAGAAGAACUGAUGGACGACUUGCACUCUCAGUAUCAGCUUGUGGAGCGAAUCAUAGGACAUUCGAACCAGAAGUCAGCUGCUGGUUACCCAGACUACCUGUGCAAAUGGCAGGGUUUACCGUACUCGGAGUGUAGCUGGGAGGACGGCUGUCUGAUCGGCAAGAAGUUCCAGAAAUGUAUUGACGACUACAUGAGCAGAAACCAGUCCAAGACUAUUCCAUCCAGAGACUGCAAGGUUUUGAAACAAAGACCCAGGUUUAUACCCAUGAAGAAGCAGCCAACGUAUAUUGGAGGUAAUGGACUGGAGCUCAGAGACUACCAGCUGGACAGUUUAAACUGGAUGGCCCACUCCUGGAGCAAAAGUAACAGCUGUAUCCUGGCUGAUGAAAUGGGUCUGGGGAAGACCAUCCAGACCAUCUGCUUUCUGAACUACAUGUUCCACGAGCACCAGCUGUACGGACCUUUUCUGCUGGUGGUUCCACUCUCUACUGUCACGUCCUGGCAGAGGGAAAUCCAGCUGUGGGCCCCACAGAUGAACGUGGUGGUGUACCUGGGAGACAUCAGCAGCAGGAACAUGAUCAGAACGCACGAGUGGAUGCAUGUCCACAAUAAGAGACUGAAAUUUAACAUCCUCCUCACAACGUAUGAGAUUCUCCUUAAAGACAAGUCAUUUUUGGGCAACGUUAUCUGGGCCUGCAUUGGUGUGGAUGAGGCGCAUCGCCUGAAGAACGACGACUCCCUCCUCUACAAGACGAUGAUGGACUUCAAGUCCAGCCACAGACUCCUGAUCACAGGAACGCCUCUGCAGAACUCCCUGAAGGAGCUGUGGUCGCUGCUGCGCUUCAUCAUGCCUGAGAAGUUUCACUCCUGGGAGAUGUUUGAGGAGGAGCACGGUAAAGGCAGAGACUCUGGUUACACCAGCCUCCACAAAGAGCUCGAGCCUUUCCUGCUGCGUCGUGUCAAGAAGGACGUUGAGAAAUCUCUUCCGGCUAAAGUGGAGCAGAUCCUCAGAGUGGAGAUGUCGGCUAUCCAGAAACAGUACUACAAAUGGAUCCUGACCAGGAACUACAAGGCUCUGAGUAAAGGCACCAAAGGCAGCACCUCGGGCUUCCUGAACAUCAUGAUGGAGCUGAAGAAGUGCUGUAACCAUUGUUACCUCAUUAAACAUCCAGAUGAUAUCGAAUUCCUCAACAGAGCUGAAGCUUUACAGCAACUGAUCCGCAGCAGUGGAAAGCUGGUUCUUCUCGACAAACUGCUGGUGCGUUUGAAGGAACGAGGUCACAGAGUCCUCAUCUUCUCGCAGAUGGUGCGGAUGCUCGAUAUUUUGGCCGAUUAUCUCCGGAGCCGGCAAUUCCUCUUCCAGCGAUUGGAUGGCUCCAUCAAAGGGGAGAUGCGGAAGCAGGCGCUGGAUCACUUUAAUGCAGAGGGCUCGGAGGAUUUCUGCUUCCUGUUAUCCACGCGUGCGGGCGGUCUUGGUAUCAAUCUGGCGUCGGCGGACACAGUGGUGAUCUUUGAUUCGGACUGGAAUCCUCAAAACGACUUGCAGGCCCAGGCCAGAGCCCACAGGAUCGGACAGAAGAGACAGGUCAACAUCUACCGUCUGGUGACCAAAGGCUCCGUAGAGGAAGACAUCAUUGAGAGGGCCAAGAAGAAGAUGGUUCUGGACCACCUGGUGAUUCAGAGAAUGGAUACCACAGGAAAAACUGUCCUCCAUACUGGCGCGGCUCCCUCCAGCUCAGCGCCGUUCAACAAGGAAGAGCUUUCUGCCAUCUUAAAAUUUGGUGCCGAGGAGCUUUUCAAGGAGCCAGAGGGUGAAGAGCAGGAGCCUCAGGAAAUGGAUAUCGACGAGAUCCUGAAGAGAGCUGAGACCCGGGAGAAUGACCCCGGACCCUCCACUGUGGGAGAGGAGCUGUUGUCUCAGUUCAAGGUGGCCAACUUCUCCGUGGUGGAUGACGAGGAUCUGGAUCUCGACUCGGAGCGAAGUCACCGCAGUUGGGAUGACAUCAUUCCUGAGGAGCAGAGGAGGAGGAUGGAGGAGGAGGAGAGACAAAAGGAGCUGGAAGAAAUCUACUUGUUACCACGCAUGAGGAAUUGUGCCAAACAGAUCAGCUUUAACUCUGGCGAGCAUCGGCAGAGCAGACACAGGAGGUACUCCAGCGCCGACAGUGACUCCACCUCCGACCGUAAGAGACCAAAAAAGCGAGGACGACCUCGGACCAUUCCACGAGAAAAUAUCAAGGGUUUUAGUGAUGCUGAGAUUCGCAGGUUUGUCAAGAGUUACAAAAAGUUUGGAGGACCACUGGAAAGGUUGGACGCCAUUGCUCGUGAUGCUGAGCUCGUGGACAAGUCUGAACAUGACCUGAAACGCUUGGCGGAGACUGUUCACAAUGGCUGCUUAAGGACGCUACGUGAAAACCCUUGUGGACCAGAGAAGACGUCAGGAGGCAGGAGAGGGAAGGUGAAGGGCCCCACCUUCAGGAUCUCUGGAGUUCAGGUGAACGCCAAACUCGUCAUCUCUCACGAGGAAGAACUGGCUCCACUUCACAAGGCCAUUCCUGCCGAUCCCGAGGAGAGAAAAAGAUAUAUUAUUCCGUGCCACUCGAAGGCAGCACACUUUGACAUCGAGUGGGGGAAAGAGGACGACUCCAGCCUCCUCAUAGGAAUCUAUGAGUACGGGUACGGCAGCUGGGAGAUGAUCAAGAUGGACCCCGAUCUCAACCUCACUCACAAGCUGCUACCAGACGAUCCAGACAAGAAGCCGCAGGCCAAACAGCUACAGACGAGAGCAGACUACCUCAUCAAAUUACUAAGCAAAGACCUGGCCAAAAAGGAGGCGCAGAAACAAACGGGGAACGCAAAUUCACGGAAGCGGAAACCCAGAAGUAAAAAGAGCAAAAUUUUCAAGUCAACGAAGGCAGAAGAGGUGACGAAGAGCCCGUCUUCAGAUCUCCUGUCAGACAAGAGGUCGGAGGAUGAAGACGAAAUUGAGGAUGAAAAGGAGAGUGCACCGGCCAAGACGCCCAGCAGGCGGGGGCGAGCAGAUAAGGUGCUGAAGGAGGAGGAGGAAGAGGAGGAGGAUGACGAUGACGACGAUGAUGAUGAGCCCGAGCAGGAUAAUUCUUCCUCAGGAGAGAGGGAGUGCAGAGAAAAAGAAGUUAAAAAAGAUUUUAAAAAAGAAAUAAAAAAAGAAGAGGAAAUCGAUGAUAUUAAAGAGUCGAAAGACAAAAAAGAUUCAACACAAGCAAUACAGAAACAGGAGGAGGGCGUUGAAAAGAAUGAAAUCAAGUCUGAGCCUCGAGAGCGGACGAAGAAAUCCUCGGACUCGUCAGUCCAUCUAACAGCCAGUACGGAGAAUGUGCCAGUGUCUGAAGAGUCUGAGGAGCUGGACCAGAAAACCUUCAGCGUGUGCAAAGAGAUGAUGCGGCCGGUGAAGGCUGCCCUGAAGCAGCUGGACCGACCAGAGAAAGGGCUGUCGGAGCGAGAGCAGCUGGAACACACCAGACAGUGUCUCAUCAAGAUCGGAGACCACAUCACCGAGUGUUUGAAGGAGUAUUCCAAUCCUGACCAGAUCAAGCAGUGGAGAAAAAACCUGUGGAUAUUUGUUUCCAAAUUCACUGAGUUUGAUGCCAGAAAGCUACAUAAACUAUAUAAGCACGCAAUCAAGAAAAGACAGGAAAAUGCUCAGGCGAUGGAGCAGAACACUAAAACUACAAACACUCACAGCUACAAGCACGCAGACGUUGAAAGGCUGAAGGACGGCGCUCACCACGACGACAGCAGCAGGGACAGCUACAGCUCGGACAGACAUCCGCCUUCGGGUCGGUACCACGAGAGCAGCAGCAGCAAAGACAGACACGGGCCGGAGCCCCACAGGAAGACCACGGCGGGGGAGUCCAGGAAAAGACCGUACUCCUACUUCAGCAACGGCAAAGACCACAGAGACCACUACCGACCGGACAGCAGGGACAGAGACCGGCAGGACAGAUACUACGACAGCAAACAUAGGAAGUUGGAGGAAUUCCGGCCCAGCAGAGACCAUCGCCUGGACGUGAAAGACCUGUCCCACUCGGAUCACCACUCGUCCUACCGCUACCACUCGGACUGGCAGACGGACCGGGCCUCGGCGAGCGGGACCCGCUCUCCGCGAGACCAGCGCUCGCCCUAUGACUCUCGCUCGCCCAUGGGGCACCGCUCGCCCUUCGACUACUCGCCGGACCACAGGAGCACGCCGGAGCAGAUCUGGAGCAGCCGCAAGACAUAACGAGAGCUGCGCGGGUCUGCCAGCAGCAGCCAUAGACUCAGCCGCACAGGAAAUGCCUUACACUAACUGUGGAGUGGAGCCUGCAGCUGUUUGCAGCUGCUUGCAGCUGUGCAUCAGUCAGUUCAGCAUGGCUGUUCCUUUCCGCAAUGCAGGAUCUCCCAACAGCAGGAUCAGCCCGAAAGCAGGCAGCAGACAGCAAGAUCUAACCUUAUUUUUGUAUUUAAGAGUUUAAAGUUGCAUCGUUGUCGCCCUGCAGCAUGCGGCAACUUUUUUUUGUUACUUUUGUAAACCUUUUUUGGACGCUUGAAAUGGACUCAACAGACCCUGAAUGCUGCCUCAUUUUCCUACCAACCAAUGACACUGGAUCCUGUACGUGACUGUCCUCCAUGUUUGUCCGUGUUCCUGUCAUGCUCAGUGUGAUAAUCUACCUUAUUUAAGUGUUAACUCAAUAAAAAUUCACAUGAAUCACGAUUAAGGUGAUGUAAAGGUGUCUGGACUCAGGCUCAACACCUGAAGUACCUCAUUUUCAGCGUUUCCCAUGUCCUUAAUACGUUUUCAGUUUUCCACCAGUUGGAGAUUAUUUAAUGAGAUAUCCAAGAUGUACAAAAAGAAAAAUGGUCUGAAUUUUUUUCCUUUUUUUUUUUUUUUUGGAAAGAAAGAGACUUGUUAAUUUUUUCUCAUAAAAUAAUAAUGUUGUAAAUGUUUUGGGGUUUUUUUGUAAAAUAGUGAAUCAGUGGAGUUUUUCCUCAGGCUUUUUGGAUUUAUAAUGACUCUACUUUCCCUAUCAACUCAGGCUUUUUUGUCAUUCUACGAGUGAGUUUCCUUAUGUUUGUUUGCUAAUGAUGCUUUCAGAAUGUAAGUUUUGGUAAAGGGAAGGUUCUUGAAGAGCACUCUGUUCUCUUCCUUAGGAUUUAGUCGUCUCAGUGCAGACGAGUGGCAGGACUUUCCUCACGCCUGUAAAUUACGGGACAGAAACGCUGGUUAGAAUUAAAAUGAACUAGACUUUUUACUUUAUUUUUCUUUACUUUUCAUUUGAUUUUCCAUGUAGGCAAUAAUAAUGUCAAUGUUUCUAUGCAGCCAAGUAUAUUUGUUGUGAACCACCAAGCUGAAUGAAGUCACUGUUAUGGUUCAGACGUGUAAAUAUUUCCUCUAUAUUUCCAAAAGAAUUUACACUGAAGGUGCAUGACUUUGUAUAACCUGUUUUAUAUAGUUGUUUAUGAAACUAUUAAAAACAGUCACAUGGUG